AUCCAACCGAUUUCUCGGGAAAAAAGGAAGAAACACAAAAACAGAGAGCAAAACGGAAGAACGCGUCUUUCUCUCGCGUGGUAUUUGGAAUUCGCCAUUCCAACGGGAUCUCAUUCCCCGAUCACUCUCUGGGGAACGUGAUGCCGAUCUCCACAAAGGAGGAGGGCGCUCUCAAGAAGACCACUUCUUCCCCCAUGAGUUUUAGGAAGCUCGUCCCCAAAAUUCUCCGCUCCAAUUCCAUGAAGAACCUCUUCAAAUCCAAAAAACCCCGCCCUCCCGCCGAGAUCGUCCGCGAUGUCGCCAGACUCCUCAUCUGCAUCGAUUCCCUUUCCAACGACGCUACCACCCCCAGGCGCAAUGAUAAGUUGGCGCAAUUGGAUGCCGAUAUCAGGGAGCUGAAAUCGAUUCUGUACGGAAUUGAGGAAUCGGAGCCUGUUGCAGAAGCUUGUGCGCAAUUGACUCAGGAAUUCUUCGCCGGCGACACAAUGCGGCUGCUCAUUCGCUGCCUCCCCAAAUUAAACUUCGAGACUCGCAAGGAUGCAACGAGAGUGGUUGCGAAUCUGCAAAGGCAACCUGUUCAUUCACGGUUGAUUGCUUCUGACUACUGGGAAAAGAACAUUGAUCUUUUGGACGUUAUGAUCACUGGGCACGAAGAUCCUUCCGUUGCUCUGCAUUACGGAGGAAUGUUAAGGGACUGCCUAAGACAUCAGGUGGUCGCUAGUUAUGUUUUGAAGUCAGCCCAUAUAAAGAAGUUUUUCGACUACAUUCAACUUCCAAAUUUUGAUGUUGCUUCGGAUGCUGCUACUACCUUUAAGGAGCUCAUGACACGGCAUAAGUCCACUGUUGCAGAAUUUCUCACAGAAAAUUAUAGUUGGUUCUUUUCUGAUUUCAACUCAAAGUUGCUGGAGUCUCCAAACUACAUGACCCGUCGCCAAGCUAUCAAGCUUCUAGGAGACAUGUUGCUUGAUAGAUCUAACUCCGGGGUCAUGGUGCGUUAUGUCAGCUCCAAGAACAAUAUGAAAGUUCUCAUGAAUCUAAUGAGGGAAACACACAAGUGCAUACAGAUCGAUGCAUUCCACGUGUUCAAGCUGUUCGUGGCGAACAAGAACAAGCCUGCUGAUAUCAUCAACAUACUCGCUGCCAACAGAAACAAACUCCUGCGGUUUUUUGAUGGCUUCAACACCGAGAAAGAGGAUGAGAUGUUUGCGGCAGACAAAGCUCUGGUGGUUAAGGAGAUCAGAGAACUUGUGGCGACGGCUCCGGUGGGAUGCUCCGGGGAAUUGUUCAAGCCCAUCGCAGGCCAACUUGAGCAAUCUGUUGGAGCUGUUCAUACAAGAAAAUGCCAAUAAUGUGUUUGUAGAUAGUUGAAAGUUGGCAAACUACUUACUCAUACUUCCACAGAAUUCGAUUUUUUUUUUCUGUCAAGUAUGAGCUUUUCUGGAGAUUCAGCUUAA